AUGAUCGGGUCCUCAGCAGUGCGGCCAGAGCCUAUUGGCGACUUGCCCUCGUCAGUGCCAGCUGGCGUGGUGGCUGCCAUGCCCGAGUCGUCGCUGCUGCCAGUCGACGGACUAGUUUUGGGAACUGACUGGGAGCCACCCCGUACGGCGGUGGCGGCGCUCUUUCUCCACUCUUCGAUCGCAUUGAUGGCACCGUCGGCCUGUGCCUUAUUCAUUGGGCAAGUUGCCAAGAACACGGAGUACAGCGCGUUGACGACUUUUUCUUUGCUGCACCCUUGCUCGAGUGCGAAAGCCUCAAUCGGGAACGUCUCAGUGAUCUUCACCGUCAUGUUCUCGAAGAACUCGACGGUACAUGGGCCUACCGGCGUUGAGGGGAUGGUAGAUCGUCGAUUGGGGUCGAAGGGCUCCAACAGGAGGGACAUCUCACAGGGACCAGCCCGGUGGAUGAUGGGUGAAGAGAGACCGUCAGACAUUUUGAUUGUACUAGAGAUACCAGAUCUUCAAGUUCAAGCGCAAAAUGGCUGUGAGAGAGAGGAGAAAAUCUGA